AUGAUAAGACAAGAAUCAAGAGCUUGAAUGUGAUGAAAACAUGAAAUAGUGCAAGGAUUGCAUCAUAAUAAGCUUAGAUGAAUACAUCCCCCGUUCGUAUCAAAAACACAUACACCAUCGCUUAUCUUUACAUUUCUCUGAAUACUAAGGGGUAAAGCCAUCCAGCUACUACAACUAUAUAAGAACUCCAAAUUCAAGUAACCCUACAACAUCUCAUUCCCAAUCAAUUACCUUUGAUCUACGUCAAAAUGGCUGAAUCUGGAGUUGCGCACAAAGUCAUUUCUGUUAUCCUCCGUCUCUCGGAGCUUGCCUCUGCUAUAAUCGUUCUGGGAAUUCUCUCACGCAUCACCUAUCUUGUUGGCCUCGCGGAAGCUAGUGUCGAUGGACGCAUUAUCUAUACCAUCGUUGUCGCAUGCCUCGGCAUCAUGUACUCCAUCUUCUUUUGCCCACCAUUCAGGAACAUGUUCUUAGGCUUCCCAUUCGACUUCCUGCUGUUUGUGAUGUGGCUCGUGGCAUAUUGCUUGCUUCAAACGAAGACAGGUAGUAGCUCUUGCUCUGCACGCUGGUAUUACGACUAUUGGGGCUACUAUUGGGGCCGUUUCUACAAAGUCGGACCCAUUGGGACUGUUUCCAUCAACGGAGCGGGUUGCUCCUCGUGGAGGACAGUACUGGCGUUUUCAUUUAUUGCUUGGUUCCUCCACCUUUUGAGUGGAAUACUUGGUGUCUACGUUUUCCGUACUUAUGUCAAACUCGAUGAGACAAAACGCGACAUCAAGAAUCAUGCGGAGAAGCUCACCAAACCUGACCCUCGAGCAAACGGUUACAACCGAAAUAUCCAGCAGCAGAAUAGCGAGACUACUAGUGUCUAGUUGUUACGGCUGUACCCGGUUAAGCAGGAUUGAGGAAGAGGGGCGAACUGCUGAGAAGAAAGUCAUAGCAGAGAAGGGUGUGACACUGUUUCAUUGUUGGAGGAGUCUAAUAAUCAGGCAAUGGCUCGGCAACGUAAUUGAAAUUAAGGAUCCAGCAAAUCGAAUUCGGAAUCUCAAACACUUAGUUAGCUUUGAAUACACUGACAGUACCAUGUUGCGACUUGCAUAGAAGGGAGAUCAUGAGGUGCAUCAGAACCAUAUCCAGAGUUUGAGCCAAUCAAGCGAGUCUGCAG